CUCCAGGCAGUCCUCCAGAGACCGUGCUAGCCAGGGCAGCGAGCUCCACGACCGUCAUAGUGCAAUGGAACGAGCCCAAGAUACCCAACGGCAUUAUACAGUACCUUACCAGCCCCUGAACCUGGUGGCCGAGGCGAAAAGUCCCAACGCCAUCCUGGUCAAGUGGGACGCCCCUCAGGAGGCGGAGACCAUCAAGAGCUACGAGCUCUACUUCAACGACUCCCACUACCGCCAGAACGCGCGGGUCAGCAUCGACCCGCCCGUGCAAAAUUACAAGCUCAUCAACCUCACGCCAGACACUGUGUAUCACAUACAGGUAUCAGCAAAAUCUGCCAGAGGAGAGGGACCCCGCACUCCGAUGAUCCAAGUGCAUACGCCACCGUUCAAGCCAGAAGCCCCGCCCGAGGAGGUGAGCGGCACGGCUGUGAGCGAGCGGGAGAUCCUGGUCUCCUGGAAGCCGCCAGACCCCAAAAAGCAAAACGGCAAGCUGGAGGGCUAUCGGAUUUUUGUGGUGGAGAGCGGCCGCAGCGACUUUGAGGAGAUGCAGAAAUCUGUACCUGGUGACGAGCUCACUGUCCGCGUGGACGGGCUGAAAACCUGGACUAACUAUAGGGUGUCCAUUCUAGCCUUCACCAAAAUGGGGGACGGGCCACGCUCCCCGCCCAUUGUGAUCAAGACUGAUGAAGAUGUACCGGGAGAGCCCCGCAGAGUGCGGGUUGAGGCCAUCAAUUCUACCAGCCUGUACGCGGAGUGGGAACCGCCCGAUGACAAGGAGAAGAACGGCGUACUGAGAGGCUAUCAGAUCUACUACAUCGAGGUGAACAGCAAUGAUGAGCCUAGCCCAGGCGUGGUGGAGCACUAUGAAGACACCCACACCGCUGACGUCACAGAGGCUGUCAUCACCAGCCUGAAGGCCGACACCCGUUACCUCAUCCAGGUGGCCGCCUACACCCGGAAGGGAGACGGGCUGCGCAGUCGGCCAAGGGUCAUCACCACAAAGGGAGCAGACAAGGGCACCACAUAUGAGUUCCGUGUGUCGGCGGCUAAUGAAGUAGACUAUGGUGAGAGAGCUGUCGCUACCAUCACGACCCCCGAUGGCGCUCCCUCUGGAGCACCCCAGAACUUCACGGCCUCUGGACUCACAGAGACAUCAGUCCGCCUCACCUGGGAUCUGCCGGCCCGUAACCUACGCAACGGCGACAUCGUCAUGUACCAGGUGACCUACCACAAGCUGUCCGACCCCAUCAACGAGGAGGACCUAAACUGUACUGACACUUUUGUGGACCUGGUCGGGCUGGAGAUGAACACGGACUACAUGUUCAAGAUCAAGGCCUACACCAGCAGAGGGGCCGGACCUUGGAGUAACAGGCUGCACUUCCGAACCUUUGGAUGGAUGCCUCCCCCUCCCCGCAAUGUCCAAGUGCGGCGUACGUCAGACACAAACAUUGAGGUGAGCUGGGACGAGCCGGAGGCCCCCGUGUCGGGUUUCAAGAUCUACUACAACAUGUUUGCCACACCUGUCAUGCACGUCUGGCAGCAGAUGGAGAUUGGACCCUACACCGUGGCGGACAUCAGCGGGGUCAACCCCAAGACAGUCUACGCCGUCCGGGUGCAGUCCAAGAGUGUUGAUGGUCGCUAUGGAAACUUCUCCGCUGUGGUCACUACUGACAUCAAGGAGAUUGAGCGUGAUGAUGCUGUCCAGCGGUUCCGUGUGACCCAGAGACUGACCAACUUGGUCAAGCUGUCAUGGGACAAACCUAAACGCGAUGGUGUCGCUUCAUACAGGCUGUACUAUGAGGGUAUGAAGACGUACCGGGAAGACGGAACGGUCAAGCGGGUGGUCCAGAAGCUUGACGAGGUGAAGAUCCCAGAGCAGCAGACCACUUGGACUGUGACCAACCUCAAGCCUAAGAUGAAGUUUGAGUUCAACAUCAGUGCUGUCUACAACGAUGGCUCUGAGGGCUACAUGCAACACCUGGUCACAGAGACUCUUAUUGAUGCGCCUCCCCGAGUGGCCCAGCCUCAAGUCCUGGCUGUCCAGAAAGGCACCAUCCGGCUUAGCCUGGAACAGGCCUCGGAGAAGAACGGACCAAUAAGUCACUACCACAUUGUUGUGGUGCCCACCAAGUCUCGCAUGGCCAAAAUGCCAUCAGAUUACACCUUAGACGAGCUGACAUCUGAGUGGCUGAGUGUGUCCACACCUGCAUCCAGACCUUACAUCGCUGCCAGGUUUGAGUCCCGUGCACUCCCACCAGAAUUCUACUUGGGCAACAACCAGGAGUAUGGCUCCUUCCACAACCGACCACUGGACGUUGAUGACCAGUACCGAGUGUUCCUCCGGGCUUACUCUGUGGAUCAGAGAUUGUAUACGUCCAGCAACUUCUCUGACAAGAUUAGCAUCAUCAAUGGUUGGAACUACAACAAGCCAACACGGAGACCCAACCCUGUCAAGACCACAGAUAGAGAUAAAGGUCAAGACAACCCAGUGCAGGGUAUCCCUGAUGAUGACGCCAGUGCUCUGUUGACCAUUGUGGCCCCAACAUGCAUUGGAGCCAUUUUCAUCAUCAUAGCCUGUGCUAUCCUCACUUACUUCUUUAUGAGGAAAAAGAACAAGGCUAAAGGAGAUCCUAUGGAGCCAGAGUCCAAAGCCCUAAUGAUUGAGCCACCUCCCUACUCUAUUGACCCCGUGGAGAUGAGAAGACAACACUACCAGACUCCUGCCAUGAUCAGCCAUCCUCCCAUCCCCAUCGAGCGUCUGGCGGAGCACAUCGACGUCCUGAAGGCGUCGGACAACUUCAAGUUCUCCCAGGAGUACGAGAGCAUCGAGCCGGGCCAGCAGUUCACCUGGGACAACUCCAACCUGGAGGUGAACAAGCCCAAGAACCGCUACGCCAACGUCAUCGCCUACGACCAUUCCCGCGUCAUCCUGCAGCCAAUGGAGGGCGUGCCUGGCAGUGACUACAUCAACGCCAACUACAUGGACGGUUACCGCAAACAGAAUGCUUACAUAGCCACACAGGGCCCUCUGCCGGAGACAUUCGGAGAUUUCUGGCGCAUGGUGUGGGAACAGAGGUCAGCCACUAUUGUGAUGAUGACCAAACUGGAGGAGAGAUCCAGGAUCAAAUGUGACCAGUACUGGCCUUCCCGAGGUGCGGAGACAUACGGACUGAUGCAUGUACAACUUGUGGAUGUUACGGAGUUGGCCACCUACACUAUUCGUACUUUCCAUAUGUCUCGGUACGGCUUCUCGGAGAAACGUGAGGUGCGCCAGUUCCAGUUCACUGCAUGGCCCGACCACGGAGUCCCCAACCACCCCACCCCUCUGCUCAUGUUCAUGCGCCGGGUCAAGGCCAGUAACCCCACCGAUGCCGGAUCCAUUAUAGUUCACUGCAGUGCUGGAGUUGGCCGUACAGGAGCCUUCAUUGUGAUCGACGCCAUGUUGGAGCGCAUCAAGCAUGAGAUGACGGUGGACAUCUACGGUCAUGUGACCUGUCUACGGGCCCAGCGUAACUACAUGGUGCAGACGGAGGACCAGUACAUCUUCAUCCACGACGCUCUCCUUGAGGCUGUGCAGUGUGGCAACACUGAGGUACCCGCCCGCAACCUGGCUGCUCACAUACAGAAGCUGACCGCCCCCGAACCUGGACAGGCUAUCACUGGCAUGGAACUGGAAUUCAAGCGUCUCGCCAAUGUCAAGGCCAGCCCCAACCGGUUUGUAAGUGCAAACCUGGCAGUGAAUAAGUUCAAGAACCGACUGGUCAACAUUCUGCCAUAUGAAACAACUCGUGUCUGCCUGCAACCCAUCCGAGGUGUCGAUGGUUCAGACUACAUCAAUGCCAGCUUUAUCGAUGGCUACCGCUACAAGCGUGCAUACGUGGCCACUCAAGGCCCUCUGGCAGAGACCACUGAGGACUUCUGGCGUAUGCUGUGGGAGCACAACUCCACCAUCAUUGUCAUGCUCACUAAACUACGGGAAAUGGGACGGGAAAAAUGUCACCAGUACUGGCCCAGCGAGCGGUCGGCCCGCUACCAGUACUUUGUGGUGGACCCCAUGACUGAGUACAACAUGCCCCAGUACAUCCUGAGGGAGUUCAAGGUCACCGAUGCCAGGGAUGGCCAGUCCAGGACUAUCCGUCAGUUCCAGUUCACAGACUGGCCAGAGCAAGGGGUGCCGAAGUCUGGGGAGGGAUUCAUCGACUUUAUAGGUCAAGUCCACAAGACAAAGGAGCAGUUUGGACAAGAGGGACCCAUCUCAGUACACUGCAGUGCGGGCGUUGGUCGCACAGGCGUGUUCAUCACAUUGAGUAUCGUGCUGGAGCGCAUGCGUUACGAGGGAGUUGUAGACAUGUUCCAGACAGUCAAGAUGCUGCGUACACAGAGGCCAGCCAUGGUGCAGACAGAGGACCAAUUUCAGUUCUGCUAUCGUGCAGCCCUUGAGUACUUGGGAUCAUUCGACCAUUAUGCUAAUUAGGAUCUUUCCCCACGACGGCCUCGGCUGAGGACACAGAAUGUUGUGCGAAGAUGUCUUUGAAGCUCAGGAGCUGCAUUUACCACAGUACCAACAAAUUGUCUCAUGAUUCAUCCGUUCUGCCACUUAUAUUUUAGUUUUCUGGAAUUCCUUAUCUUUUGUACUUGGUUCUACAUGGUAGAAUGGUUCUAUACAAAAAGAAAUGCCCACCACUGAAAGGAUUACUUCUUCACUAGACAGGACAGUCGGUGCCUAGUAGAACCUUUCUGCACUGAGAUAAACAGCGUUUUCUUACUGGAUCUGCUGUACACAAGAGCAAGCAGUCUGUUGGACAAUGUCCUAGGAUGCUGUGUUUUCUUUCGGAGUCUCUCUUUCUCAGAGCACUAGGAAGUACUGUGAAGGAUUUUUCCAUUUUCAAGGUGUCAUUUGUGUUGAUUUCUCAAAGGAUUUAAUAACUACCCACGAUGUUUUGCACCCGAUGAGUGCGGUAAUGAUGCUAAUAAUUCGAGAUUUUGUGUCCAACUUCAUAAAGCCGGAUUUAUUUCUUUUGCUGUGAACGAAGGUAACUUUACAGGAAGAAUUGAAGGCUGAUGUGGUGAAAGUGAGUGACCAUUUUAUACGCUGUGUGAAAAUGUGCUCGAAUAUUCUGAGUUUUUUCUUAUUUUUCACUAUGGAGUAUGUUACACCCCAGGCCACUGGAUACUUGACUGGCCUCUGAAGUGGAAUUCAUGACUUACUUAGUAAUCUGUCACAAACCCGAUAGAGUGCGUGUGUGUGAGUCCAACAGACGUGUUCUCAAAGAGCACCAUAUUGGGCAGCCCAGUAACAGACUCACGAGUAGUCUGUGGUAAUCGACAACAGGACGAGGACGGUGCUGCCCAAAAGACUUGAAAUCUUCUCCACACUCACCCUGUACAUCUCUACCGCUCACUCUCACACCAGAUGGGAGGACAGAAUCAUGAACGAGCACCCUGGAGCCACCUAUGGUGUCACGGACGCAAAGCAGCCUAGGCUGACUUAGACAUUUUGCACUUUGCAAUGGUCACAGUUUAUCAGAAUGGGUGCGCAUGUUAGUCUGUUUUAUUUUUAUCUGUCCAUCUUCCAUCAUUUAUCUAUAUCUCGGUAUUACCUACAUUUUUCAUCAUGAUCUUAUUUAUAAACAUUUGAAACAUCCCAUACAAGUGCAAAGUACCGUACUACUCUAGGCUUCCCACAAUACUGGCAUCACUAAUUUCCUCUUUUAUAUCCAAGUGGAGACACUUUAAGUGUUCUCAGUAAUAAACGUUUGAGAGCCGUCAAUCUGCUCAGAGAAAAACAUUCACAAGGGAAAAGAAAAACACAACACAGGAGAAAUGAUAAUGUCCAUACAAGUUUACCCGCUCUUGUUUUUCUAUGAGCUUUAAACUGUUACAUUUCAAGUCUUUUUGUUGUUGCUCUUCUUUUUUUCUGUAUUGCGACGUAGCAAACUAUUAUAUGAUGGAGUAAUUUAUACCUACAAUACCACAUGUCAUCAAGCUUCAAUAUUUCAUGUUUGUCAUAGCACAGAGGGGAACGUGACUGCAGAUAAACGGUAUGAGAAAGUUUGAGAAAAGUGUGGAAUAAAGUGGUGAGUGUUUGUUGUUUCAUAUUAUAAUAUUCAUGUCCCAUUUAUACAUAGACAACGGUACAUUACAGUAUUGAAGAGAAACUUAUUCAUUUACUUUACCUAAAGAAUGCGUUUUUGUUAAGUAAAUUGUGGGAACAUGUUUUGUUUUUGUUUUUGUUUUCUGUCAUGACUACAUCAAAACUCUUGUGCCCCAUCGUUGUACACUUAGUCAAGUCAGGUGGACUGAGGAGGUGGCUACGCUGACUGUUGGAGGCUUUAAGCAGCAGCAGUCCUUUUCCAUACACAGUUUUGAAGCUGUCUUUGCUAGUGCGGGUUAUUUUCUCGUUACCAAUUUUUCCUCGAGAAAGAACAUGAUGCGGAUUCAAAAGAUCAAAAUUUUGGGUAAAUAUUGCUGUGUAUUUAAAUAGUAUUAGUUAAGUUUUGCAAGUGCCUUUUGAAGACAAACGGGUGGGUGCUUCAUUUCAACUUUUGUUUCUAAAAGGCUUUGACUUCACUUGACUUUGCAGGUUCAGAAAUAAAAAAGUAGCAUCAAAUAGAAUGAGUUUACAUCCCACUGGCCUAAAUUUAGCACAACAGGAGGAAGUACAUAUUUCAAACGUAUUACUGAAGCAGAAAGUCAGAUACCAAACAUCAUAAUCCUUUUUGACCCCCAAAACCCCAAAACAGGUCCCUGUGGCUACUGGUUCUGUCAAGCUAAACGGUAAAAGAUGUUAUUGUAAUUAAUGAAGGUUUAAAUCCUUUUUUUAUUCCCCAUUGGUUUUGGGGAAUGUCUUGCUCUUCUCCCACCAGUCCUGUCAAAGUAGACGUUGGUUCGGAGGUCCUGUCUUGAUGAUAACCUUCAUAGUGUUGAAAAGGAUGUAAACUCUGCAGAAAUUACAGCUCAUGUAAAAGUUAUUACUGUAGACAUUCUACGGCAUGGUGAUUGUAGCAUGCUAGACUUUGUAAUCCAUUCUGACUCCCAGGACAGGUCUCUGUGACUUUGUUGGUUCUGGUUGCUUUGAUUUUUCUAGAAUGUAGUGCUUGUCAUACUUAUUUUUAUCUUUGUACACAACUGCUCAAGUGGUAGAAAAGUACUUGACUACAGACCUAGGAUUUUUAAUGUCUGAUCUGAGAACGGAACUUGUCAUUUCAAGUUCAGAGAAAGUGUGCAUUUAAAAAAUCUUUUAUUAUUAAGUCAGGAAAGUUUGCUUUGAUUUAGAAAAUAUACAUUGUAUACACACCUGUUCAAUCAUCGUUCCAAGAAUCUCAAGGUUCUCUCCGUAAUUUUAAGUCUAGGAUUGAAUUUCAUACUGUGCCACUACUGGAGAUGUGUCUAGUUGUGUGUGUGUUUUUCUAAGUUACAUAUAAUCUUAAAACAGCUGUAGUCAGCAAUUACUUUGAGGAAGCUCUUUUCAACAGUCAUGAUGUCUUGGACUAUAGAUGCUAACUCUGGGCACGUAUUGCCACAUUGUUCUGACAAGUGGCGUCCUGAAGUUAUUUGUCCCUUUCAUCGUCACAAUUGUCCAGAACAAUGGAACUUGAGCACUUCAUGACUGCCAGUACCAUGCUGCGUCUGUGUGGUUCUUCUGUCUUCUCAGUGUUCUGUACCAAUGAAGAUUUUCGCUUAAUGUUAAUUAUCUAUUUUCCAAUUUUCUGGAGUAUACAGUGAGAAUGUCAGUCUUGUCUGUUCUUGUAUAGCUUGCAAGUUCGAAGUACAUGAUCUUGCAGUUUUUCUUCAUUUACCUUCAAAGAUUUUGAAAUUGUAUACUAGGGACAUAGCAUGUCUAGAUUUCUAGAAUUGUACAAUCUAAGUUUCAUAAGAAAAUAAGAAAAAGUGUAUUUGGAAUAUUAUCCUUGGAUGUGGCAUGUGGAGACAACCAACUGAUUUUUUUACAUGUUUAUGGUGACUGUGGGGUUGGUGUCAAGCUCUGCUCUUGUGAGUUUGUUCAUGUAUAUAGUUAUAAUGCAUGGGUACCUUUUGUCUCACCAGUUAUGAGUAUAUGUGAAAGGAGACAGGGAAUAGAUACACCGGAUUAGAUAAAGAUCUCAGACUUUUGGCUGGGCACGAGCAGAAACCGGUACUUUUUUUUCUCAUCAUGAGGUAAUUGAUGUAAGGGGCAGUUUCUUUACAACUAAUAAUAUUGAACGCUACAAGUGUGUAGUCUAGAAAACAAAGUAAACGGCCAGAAACCUGUGUUCUAUUCACAGAACUUUAAGUUAACUUUGGAAAAAUACAAGCACAUUAGGAAUAUAUUGUUGGUUUCUCUGAUUGAAAUGUUUUCAAAAUCAGUGUUGUUUCUAGGCAUUACUGGAUGUGUAUGAGUGCAUCAAUUUCUCUAUGUGUGUGUGUGAGUGUUUGUGUGUGUGCAUGUGUGUGUGUAUGCUGUGUGUGUAUGUGUGUGUGUGUGUGUGUGUGUGCACCAGGUGUCACUGUCAUCAUCACCUUCACCAUUACAACAGGUCUUGUACCCUGGAGUUUUUGCCAUGUGACUGUACAAUGCAAUGUUUUGGAUGUUGUACUUCAAAAUGUCAGUGUAUAUUUAUCUUUGAUUUGUUUCUGGGGUUUUUUCUACAAUAAUCAUCUUUCACAUUGACUUGCAAGGGUCAGUACAGGAGGCAGAGGAGCUGCUAGUGUGAGUGGUUUAAUCCAUCUUCCUACAUCAUGAUGUAUCAAAAUUGUCAGUCUCUCUCUUCCUCUCUCUGGCUCUCUCAUCAUCUGUGUAGUUAUGGUGUGUGUUGUAUUCAUUUCACACUGAAAAAUUAUGAACAUUUUGCUCAUGGUCCAUAUCUUUAAUGGUUCCUGCCUGUAGUCAGCCUAUUUGUCGUAUAUUUCCAUUGCCCAGCGUCCCAGUAUUUCACCUUUAUUGAUUCAGGAGACCAAUGCAUUAAGAUUUGAGAGCAUUAAAAUCGUUCAUAGACAAAAACUGAUCAGAUUUUUUUUUCUGAUGACGUGUCUUUUUCCACUCCAUUUGAUCCAGUUACUCAUCAGGUGUCAUCUCUGGAAAGGGUCUUGUGUCAAAAUGUUGGUAAAAAGAUGUGGAGAAACGCCCAGUUUGUUUCUUGACCAGGAAGAAUGGGGCAGGGUAGGGGAUGUCUCUACAGCAAAAAUAUGUAACUUAGAUGAAAAGAAGACAGUGCAGAGUCUGAAUACAAAUACAAGAAAGAGAAACUAGAAAAAAGUGAAGUCUAGAAAAAAAAACCAAGCUUGAACUUGUUGGCUCUGAGUCUAAUGUAUAAUGUAAAAAGGAAAUGUUAAUGAACAACGCAUGUCUCUGGGAAAAAGAUAAUUUUUCAAAUAUAUUUAUGUGUAAAAUAAAGACGUGUGUGAAUAUGGCUAGUAGAUAGCAAUGCGUGUCUGGGCUACUUUAUGCAUGCCAUUGUGAGCUCUGGUACACCCUGGUUGUGUCCCUUCCUGCCUUUUCUACGCUGUCAUCUCCACUCAUUCACUUAAUUAACAGUGCAAGCAAGGAUUGUUGUGUCUAAUGGGUCACAGACCAAUGAGGAGGGGAUUUUCUUAUCAGAUUGCUGUCAGGGGAUAUUUUAUCUAAUGCAGUAUUGCUCAUUGGGUACAAUGGAACAAAUAAGCAGAAUAGUGGAGCAGAGACGAAUUGUGGUGAAGGCGAGAUGAGAAAUAAAGGAAGGCACAGAAUGAGAAUGUGGGGGACAUCUUCUGCUGUUGGAGAGCUGCUUAUUGGUUGUACCUGGGAAAGGUACUUAGAUCACAAUGACAAUGUGAAAGUUUUAAAAAGAUUAACUUUGGCGAUCACAUCAUGAAAUGACAUAUUAGAACAUCGUCAAUAUUCAGCUUGGAACACAAACCACUCUACAAUUUACUGUGCUAAGGAACAAAGUUCUUGAAGUCUUUUAGCUGCUGGCCAUUAAUUUGUUUUAUAUCUUUUUCUGUUGGUUCUGAUUCAAACUUGGAUUAAAGCUUUUAGUUUUGUAAAGCCCAAAAAGUAUGGGUCAAAAGUACUGAUUUAUUCCUGUAGUGUUUUUUGGUAUUUUGAAGUUCUGUUGUCCGCAAUUCGCCUUUACAGAUGUAAGGCAUUCGGAUCCAAGAAUAAGUUUAAGAUUUCUUUUAAUUGUAUUUAUCCCAAAGGUUAUGGGUCAAGUUUUAGCACUUUUUUUUGUGUUGGUGUAGAGUUUUGGGGGUUUCCAAGACAAGUCACUCAUCCCCAUUUCAUCUACAAAAAUAAAUCAAACUGAUUUUUUCAAAAGAUGUAAAUAUAUAUUAUAAUAUUACCAUUCAUUAUCUCUAUGCUCAUUUCACUUUUUGUGCUUGCUGUUUCAUUGAUUUGUGUUCAUUUUUUCAUCUUAGGCUUCUGCUUGUCGAGUUAAAAAUCAAGAUGGUAUUGGCAAGUAGAAUGCAGUUGUUGUAACAGCAAAGAAGCAAAACUUUUUUUUUUCUGUUAAAUUUACACUAAAUUCAUUCUUCUCCCUCCCCACGCCGCCCCCGUCCCCUUUCCCACCCCACCCUUUCUUUCUUUGUUAUCAUUUACGUCACAUUUGAUGAUUAUUUUGGUCAUAUUUACUGUAUACACCAUCGUUCUCGAAACACCACCGUGUCUGUCAUCGGGCAGGAGAAGUUUUUGAGUUUGUACUGACAGUUUGAAGAAGAGUGUGAGGGUGCGUGCUGCGCAUGUUUGUGUGUGCGUGUUUGUGUAUUUGUCUGUGUGUCUGGUGGAGCUGACCUAUUUGCUACGCAGGAGAUGCGCAUGCAGGUCUUGAAUUGUGCGUAGUGUAAGUGUCAAACUCUCUUCUGAUUGGAAGACUCAUUUCAGUAAUAAACAUAUUUCAUGAUAAAAAGAAAAAA